GCGAAGGAAAGGGUUGGGACAGGGAGGAAUAGCUGGAGGGAGGGAUGGCUGAAUAACGAGGAGAGAAACACCCACACUCCGGACUGACCGAAUUGUAUCCGGAGAGAAGGAGUGAGAGAAAGAAAGACAGGGAGAGAAAGAGUGAGGAGAUAGAGGAACCCAACAGUCUUUGGUAUUCAGAGGAUUUCCUUUGGGGAUAAAAGGACGCUUUGAAUUGAUGACUGGAGAGGUCUAGACUGCUGGUUGUGAGGAUGUUGUCAGCGGGGCAGAUUAGGUGGUGCUUGUGGGCUCCACUGGUGCUUCUGGCCCUCGUUUCCCAUUUCCCCUCUAAGGCACAGGGCCAAGUCCCAUCUCCAAGGAGGCUGCGUUUCAAAGUGCUGAGCCCGAGCAAACUCCUUGUUACAUGGAAGGAGCCCAAAGGAGACUUUGACAGCUAUCUAUUCCUCUACAGCAGUGCACCAGGUGGUCAGCAGAGGGAGAUCAUCAUAUCAAAAUCUGACACUAAGGUGCUGAUAACAGACUACAGCCCCGCCAAGGACUACAUCGUCAGUGUUAUCAGUGUCAGUGGCAGUGAGCAGAGCAGACCACUGAAGGGCAGACAUAAAGCUGAAAGAGGUGAAAGUGACGGAGAAGACAAGACCGAGCCGGAGAGGCUGACUGAGUCAGUUGUACCUCCUGAGGAUGCCAACGAGAUCUCUGGAGCUGAUCAGUUUGUGUGCCACACUGAGGCCAUUGCAGACAUCGUGAUCUUGGUGGACGGCUCCUGGAGUAUCGGUCGGCUCAACUUCCGGCUGGUCCGCAUGUUCUUGGAAAAUCUGGUCAAUGCCUUUGAUGUUGGCAUUGAUAAGACAAGGAUAGGUCUGGCUCAGUACAGUGGUGACCCCAGGAUAGAGUGGCAUCUAAAUACUUUCUCAAGUAAAGAUGCCGUCAUUGAUGCCGUUAAGAACCUGCCAUACAAAGGAGGAAACACUCUAACAGGCCUUGCACUGACUUACAUCUUGGAGAACUGCUUCAAGCCUGAGUCUGGCUCAAGGACGGGUAUACCCAAGAUUGGGAUCCUCAUCACAGACGGGAAGUCCCAGGAUGAUGUCAUACCUCCGGCGGAGAGCCUGCGAAAUGCUGGUGUUGAGCUGUUUGCUAUUGGUGUUAAGAAUGCUGAUGAGAACGAGCUGCACUCCAUCGCCUCAGAGCCGGACGAAACUCACGUCUACAACGUGGCCGACUUUAACGUCAUGAGCUCCAUUGUAGAGGGUCUGACCAAGACGGUGUGUGAACAGGUGGAGCAGCAAGACAAGGACAUCAAACAGAAACACACACCAGAGCAGAUAGGGGCACCGCUUGAGCUGGUGACAUCAGAGGUCACGGCCAGGAGCUUUAGGGUGUCAUGGAGCCCUGCCACUGGAAACGUAGAGAAAUACAGAGUGGUGUAUUACCCUGCUCAGGGCGGAGAACCACAGGAGGCGGUGGUGGACGGCAGUGAGACUUCAGCAGUGUUAGAGCAUCUCAGCUCUCUCACUGAGUACCAGCUGGCUGUGUUUGCUGUGUACGCAAACGAGGCAAGUGAAGCUCUCAGAGGAUCAGAAACAACCCUGGCCCAUCCCACAGUGACGGGCCUCCAGCUGUUUGAUGUGACACACAGCACCAUGAAGGCGAGAUGGGACGAUGUGGAUGGAGUUUCUGGCUACAUGCUGCUGUAUGCACCGCUUACAGAUGAUGGAGCGUCGGAUGAAAAGGAGGUUAGGGUGUCAGAUGCAGUGACCGAGCUGGAGCUGGAUGGUUUGCUCCCUCACACUGAAUACACCGUCACUGUGUAUGCCAUGUAUGGGGAGGAGGCCAGUGACCCUCUGACAAACCAGGAAACUACAUUACCACUGAGUCCUCCCAGCAACCUCCAGUUCUCUGACAUCACUCACAACUCCGCCCACAUCAGCUGGGACCCCGUGCCCAGGGGAGUUAAAGGUUACCGCAUCAUGUGGGUCAAGACGGACGGAUUAAUCACCGAGGAGGUGGAGGUGGGUCCAGUAAACUCCUAUGAUCUCAGCGGGUUGACGUCUCUCAUGGAGUACUCAGUGGCCAUCUUCGCCCUGUACGAUGCAGGCCAAUCAGAGCCUCUCACAGACGGAUUCACUACGACUCCAGUUCCUGGCCCUCUGGAUCUACGCUCCAGUGAUGUCGACACCGACAGCUUCCAGGUCAGCUGGGAUCACUCAGCCAAUGACAUCGUCCUCUACAGACUGUCCUGGGCACCGUUCACAGGUGGCGACACAAAGGAGGUGGUCUUGAGUGGAAGUGAUAACAGAUACAUCCUGACCGGUCUGAGUCCGUCCACUGAGUACGAAGUUAUGUUGACGGCUGUGUUCAAAGAUGAAUCAGAGAGUGACACCGUCUCUGUGAUAGAGACCACAUUGGCCAAGACAACAACGAUUGCUACGGCAACCACAGUGGCACGUCAGGCUGUGAGAAACCUUCUGCUGAGUGACGAGACCACCCAGAGCUUAGAGGCAUCAUGGGAGCUGGAAGACCCCCAUGUGGAAAGCUACAGGGUCUCCUACGCCGACCUCAGGGGCGACCACAAAGACGAGUCUGUGGUAGUUCCGGGUGGUCAGAGGAGAGCAGUGCUUCAGCCUUUACUGUCAGACACUCAGUACAAAGUGACAGUCACACCGGUGUAUGCAGAUGGACAAGACGGCAUCAGUGUCUCUGCCCUGGGUGCAACGUUGCCCCUCUUGUCUCCUGGAAACCUACGUGUGUCGGAGGAGUGGUUCAACCGCUUCAGGGUCACCUGGGAUCCACCUCAGACUCCUACAGCGGGUUUCAAGAUCGUCUACCAGCCUAUCAAUGUUCCAGGACCAGUUUUGGAGACAACAGUGGGUGAAGAUGUGAACUCCAUGCUGCUUCUGAAUCUACAAAGUGGGACGGAGUACAGCGUUCAAGUGACGGCGUCCUACCCCACAGGACAAAGUGAACCACUGCUGGCGAAUGCCAAGACGCUGUACCUCGGUGUCUCUGGCUUGUCAACCUACCAGAUACGUCCCAACAGCCUGUGUGUCCAAUGGCAGCCUCUUCUACACGCCACGUUAUACAGAGUCUCCAUACAGUCUACACUUAAUGGUCAGAGGCAAGAAGUGAGUCUGGGCGGCGGUGCUUCCCGACAGUGCUUCUAUGACCUCACUCCCAGCAGCCAGUACCAGAUCAGCGUUCACACCCAGAUGCAGGAAAUGGAGGGACCUUCUGUCUCCAUCACUGACAUGACGAUGCCAGCGCCCACGCAAGCUCCGACUGAACCCCCCACCACAGAGCCCCCUCCCACCAUACCACCUGCUAAAGAAGUGUGUAAGGAGGCCAAGGCUGACCUGGCAUUCCUGGUCGACGGUUCCUGGUCCAUCGGAGACGACAACUUCAUGAAGAUCACACGUUUCCUCUACAGCACUAUGGGAUCGCUGGAUCUGAUUGGUACAGAUGGAACCCAGGUUGCCAUCGCUCAGUUUAGCGACGACGCUCGGACAGAAUUCCAACUUAGUUCCCAUGGCAACAAGGAAGCGCUGCUGGAAGCAAUUCAGAAGAUCAGAUACAAGGGAGGAAACACCAAGACAGGUCGGGCCAUCAAACAUGUGAAGGAGUCUAUUUUCACCCCAGAAGCUGGAGCUAGAAGGGGCGUUCCUAAAGUCCUGGUCGUUCUCACUGACGGACGUUCACAAGAUGAUGUCAACAAAGUGUCCAAGGAGAUGCAGAUGGAUGGCUACAUCAUCUUUGCCAUUGGCUUUGCCGACGCAGACUACGGGGAGCUGGUGAAUAUUGCCAGCAAGCCCAGCGAAAGACAUGUCUUCUUUGUGGAUGAUUUGGAUGCUGUGAAGAAAAUCGAAGAGCAGCUCAUUACUUUUGUCUGUGAGGCCGCCACCGCCACGUGUCCAUCUGUUUUGAUGAGUGGUAACACGAUGGCAGGUUUCCGUAUGAUGGAGAAGUUUGGCCUAGUAGAGAAGGAGUACAGCACCAUACCUGGAGUUUCCCUGGAGCCGGGCUCAUUCAACAGCUUCCCCUGUUACAGAUUACACCGUGAUGCCCUCGUGUCACAGCCCACCAAGUACCUUCACCCCGAAGGUUUACCCUCUGACUACACCAUUUCUAUGAUGCUCCGUCUACUUCCUGAGACUCCGCAGGAGCCCUUUGCAUUGUGGGAAAUUCUUAAGAAGGACAACGAGCCAUUGGUGGGACUGAUUUUGGACAACUCUGGAAAAACCUUGACGUUCUUCAACUAUGACUACAAAGGAGACUUCCAGACCGUCACCUUUGAAGGAACUGAUAUCAAAAAAAUCUUCCAUGGCAGCUUCCACAAGCUCCAUGUAACCAUCAGCAAGACGUCUGUGAAGGUGGUGUUAGAUUGUUCUGUGGUUGGGGAGAAAUCCGUCAGUGCUGCUGGCAACAUUACCACUGAUGGUGUGGAGAUCCUUGGAAGGAUGGUUCGGUCCAGAGGCAGACGGGACAACUCCGCUCCGUUCCAGCUCCAGAUGUUUGACAUCAUCUGCAGCACAUCCUGGGCCAGUAGAGAUAAAUGUUGCGAGCUGCCAGCACUGAGAGUUGAGGAGCAGUGCCCCUCCAUGCCUCAUGCCUGCACAUGCUCCCAGGACAGCAAAGGACCUCCUGGACCUUCAGGACCCCCUGGCGGUCCAGGCAUAAGGGGAGCCAGAGGAGACAGAGGAGAGCCAGGAGUGACGGGACCUCAGGGACCAAUGGGAGAAAUCGGCCCAACUGGACCCUCAGGACCGCCUGGUCCUCAGGGACCCAGUGGUCUCUCCAUUCAGGGGCCCCCGGGUGCUGCCGGGGAUAAGGGAGAGAGAGGCGACAUCGGUCCAGCUGGACCAAUGAAUGACAAAUUCGUUCAUCUAUCCAUUUGCACUGCCCUAGAGGCAGAGAGCAGUGUCUACAGGAGCAGUCUGCCGGGAGAGAAGGGAGAGAGGGGGAAUCCUGGGAUUGGGAGUCAGGGACCUCGAGGACAAACGGGACCACCAGGCCCGCCAGGUGAAGGACGGACAGGCAGCCAGGGCCCCACUGGUCGGCCUGGCAGCCCGGGAGCACCGGGGAGGCCGGGGAAUCCAGGUACAUCAGGACCACCUGGUCCACCAGGAUACUGUGACCAGAACUCCUGUCUGGGAUACAACGUCGGAGUCCAACCCCUGCCCCACGGUGGAUACCAGCCCUACAAUCCGCCCUACAACCGGCCCUACAACCCUGCUGCAGAGGCUUACAACAACGACCAAGGAGGCGAAGACGAGGAGGAAGAGGAGGAGGAGGAGGGUCCAGAAGAGCAGGACCCCUAUUACCGUGGUUACCCCCCUCGGUACUACCCCCAACAGCCCUCACAACUGGCUCAUGGCUACCAUGUUUACCGCUCGAGCCCCACCCACUCUGAGGACACGGAGGUGAGAUCGCCGGGCGUCGCCAGGAGGUUUUCACGUGACGUCAUGGAGGAGAGUGAGGAGGGAGGACUUUAGAGGAAGGAUGGACUCACCUAAAGUGCUUGAGCCCUGCACGCCACAACACACAAACUGAUAGUACACACAAAUCAGACACUGACACGCACCUACACCUACCCCAUCUGAAACUGUGGUGAGAGCCCCCCCCCCCCCCCC